AUGAGAUGCACGUUGGACUCCAUAUUCGAAGUAGGGUUUGGGGUGGAGUUGAGGUGCUUGGAGGGGAGCAGUAAAGAAGGCGGAGAAUUCAUGAAGGCAUUUGACGAUGCGAGUGCCUUGACUUACUGGCGCUAUGCGGAUCCAUUCUGGCGGCUGAAGAGGCGAUUCAAUCUCGGCGCGGAGGCUUCCCUCAGGAGCAACAUCCGAACCAUCGACGACUUCGUCAGCCACGUCAUCGCCACCAAGCGCCGAACCACCGCCAAGGUAAGGAAUGACAGUGGCAAGGAAGAUAUACUGUCACGGUUUCUGGUGGAGAGUGAGAAAGACCCAGACACCAUGAACGACCGAUACCUGAGGGACAUAAUUCUCAACUUCAUGAUCGCCGGGAAAGACACCAGCGCCGGCACGCUGUCUUGGUUCUUCUACAUGCUCUCCAAGAACCCUCUUGUCCAACACAAAUUAGCGCGUGAAGUCGACGAGGUGGCCGGCGGCAAUAAUAAUAAUAAUAAUAAUGCAGUACUAGAUGGAACUACUGGCAUAACCGACACGACACUGGACAAAAUGCCAUACCUGCACGCUGCACUUACGGAGACCCUCAGGCUCUACCCUGCUGUCCCAAUAGACGGUAGGUGUUCGGAAGCGGAUGAUAUUCUGCCGGACGGGACGAGGGUGAAGAAGGGGGACUUGGUCAACUACUUGGCCUACUCCAUGGGUAGAAUGAGCUACAUUUGGGGGGAUGACGCACAAGAUUUCAGGCCCGAAAGAUGGCUCAACGACGACGGAGCUUUCCAACCACAGUCUCCCUUCAAAUUUGUCGCCUUUCACGGUGGUCCUAGGAUAUGCUUAGGCAGAGACUUCGCUUAUCGGCAGAUGAAGAUCAUUGCGGUGGCGCUGCUUCGCUACUUCCGAUUCCAACUGGGAGGCCAUGAUAAUGUGACUUACAAGACUAUGUUUACCCUUCACAUCCAUGGAGGUCUCUAUCUCUGUGCCACUCCAAGGCCCGCACCCUGA